AUGGUCGUCGAUUCCCUUGUAUACCACCCAACAUUGAACAAGUUCAUUAAAUUCAUAGACACCACCCCAAAGAGGGAGAAAUCCUUCAGAUUGGUGGCCUACUUGUCUAGAUUCUUGUCUUACUACUUGCAAAGAAAGGGCUUCUCUGCUGAGACCGUCCAGACGUUCAAGGACUUGAAGCAGAAUGCCACUUUCCUUAGAAAAGGUAUGAGAUUCUUGAAGCCUUUGAACCACUUGCAGGCUGCCUCCAAGGCCUACGACAACAAGCUCAUGGACCAUGUGUUGCUGGCCACCACCGUCAUCAGAAACUUGGGCUACGCCGGCUACUUGACCUUGGACGGUUUCAUUUUCAUCAAGAUGUUGGGUCUCGUUGACAAGAAGAGAUUCGCCAACUUCCCAUUGUGGGCUUCCAGAUUCUGGCUCAUUGGUCUUAUCGCCGGUGUCAUCAACUCUCUCAGAUUGAUCAAGAUCAACUCUGCUAAGUUGUCCUCUGCCGACGAGAAGGCUGAUGAGGAGGCCAUCAAGCUGAAGAUCUACCAGGCCAAGAGAAAGUUGAUUUGGGACUUCUUGGACAUGUUCAUUGCCCUCAAUUCCUUGAACUACUUGCACUUCACCGAGGGUGACGUUGGUUUCGCCGGUACCAUCACCUCCAUCAUGGGCUUGAAGGACUUGUGGGCUUCUACCUAA